UAUACCGUUGAUAAAUUGGUCGGUAAACUUGGUGGCGUGCGUCGAGAAACACUGGCAAUGUUUAAUGACAGGACAGAAGUGAUGCUACACCGCAGAGAUGCUAGCGCCAUCGUGAGGCAAAUGACUGCAACAGUGUUUUAUUUACAAAAACAAUUAAUUUCUCAGGGAAAAUGUCAAACUAAAGAAACCCAUCUGUUGUGACAAACAAAGUUGUUUGUCAGCAGACCGGAAAGGAUAACUUCAUAAUCAGUGACCGUAUGGGGAAAAAACCCCGCAAAAAUCUCAUGAACAUGAGUAAUUCAGUGGUAUUUACAGAUUCUUCUGAAUGUCUGCUGGAAUAUUUAACCAUUUCUUUUUCAUUUAAAAUCCUAUAGCUUACAUUGUUGGUAAUCUAGCAGUCAUUUUGCAGUGUAUAGAAUUUUGUUUUGAUAUUUGUCACAAUGUCCUUAUAAGGUAGAUUCCUAUAGUUUUUAUACUUUUUUUUUUUGCCAUGUACAUAAAGAAACUAGAUAUCUACAUGAUUUAGACAUUUUUUGACAGGACAAAUUCAAAAUGUCAGCUGUUAAUAGGGAGAAGGGCAGAGAGAAUUCUUUGAGGGUGAAGGUGAAACGAUUCAAGUGCAAUUUCUGUGACAAGGCUUUCUCGACUGCUAGCAACAUGCGUGAACAUCAGAGGACUCACACAGGGGAAAGGCCUUACAAAUGUGAGUUUUGUGGAAAAACAUUCGCACAAUCAAGCACACACUCCAAACAUGUCCAGAUCCACAGAAAAAAGGCAUUAAUGAAAAAAUCAAAGAGUCCAUCGCAGCUCGACACGGAUCUAUCGGCUGAUGAGUUGCAACUGAGUAGAAUUUCAAUUCCUUCCACAUCAUUUGACACAGCGGCUCGUUUACCUGCUGAUGAAAAUUCUCCAGACCAGUACGCAACUGUGAUUGGGGAUGUAGAUUCUGAUGUUGAUGUAAUCCAUGACCAUAGAGCGAAUCCUGUCUGUGAUAGUGUUGAGAGUGCUGCUAUUGUACCUAAUGUUGUUAACAAUGACCAAAUUAGACCAUUUCUGUCCUAUUCCCAAUUACCAGAGGUAUCGGAUAAAGAUUAUGUAAAACCAGUUAUUACAGGAAUUUUUAAAAAUUUAGCUUGUGAAGUGAUGCCUAAGACUCCACCUCUCAUUGAAUCCAACAUGUGGAAUGCAAAUGAGCAGAUUAAGAACGGAGACAUAAUCUACAGCAAUUCUGACAUGAGUAUAUAUCCACAGGGUUCGGAAACCAAAUUGAAGUCAUUUGGCAAAUUUCCUGAGGGAAACUUGCCAAAUGACUUAAUUCAAAAUCUAGAACCUUCUAGAACAUUUGAAGAGCCCCAAUCAAGAGAUUUUGUAACGAUAUCACAUAACGGAAGCAAUGAGGUUAUCAACAUUGAUGAUCAGGAUGAAGAUGAAGAUGACAGCCAGGAUAGUUUACCAUCGAAAUCUUUUGAUGUCUGGACUAACCCUACCGGCUCAGUCGCAGGUUAUUCUUUGGAAAAAUCCUACAAAUGUACAUUUUGUAAUGAAAAUUUUGUUUCUGUUGAAGAAAUGGAGGAACACAUCCAGUGUCACUUGACAGAGAAAGUAUUUAAAUGCCGUAUUUGUCAUCGUGAAUUCAACAAGUCUUUCUCACUUUUACAACACAUACAAAGCCAUAACACAGAAGAAAAGCUAAGUUCUGUGAGGCCAAGCAAAUUGAUGUUAAGUCCAUCUGGUCAAUACGAAGUGAUUGACAUUCAGGAGGGAAGCUGUCAGAAGAUUUUGGAAUCAGAUAGUCCGUAUGGUGCCUCUGCAAAAAGGACAGUGAAGUCUCUUAAUGCCAGAAUGCAGUACCUUGAAAGAGACUACAGGUCAAACAAUCAGCAAAGUAAUUUAAAUGAUCCUGGUUCCAGCAGCAGUCUAGACAAUUCCAACAGUUCAUCAUUUGUGGCCCUUACAUUUGGGGACGCCGAGCAUUCUUCGCAUAUUGAUCUUACUCAAAAUAGCGAUGAGCCUGUUGGACAGUCGAAAGACGCUUACGACAGUGAUAACGAUGACACUAAUGAAGAUGUCAUUCUGAUAGAGCCUGAUUUUCCAAAGAAAGAGACAAAGAUGCAGGACGAAUCGUCGGACAGUUCUUCUGAGAAACUGAAUUAUUUUGAUAGUUACUUUGCUAUGGGAGUGCAAGAACCGGGAGGUAGCAGCAAUAAAUCCUUGAAAGUGGAAGAAAGUGGUGGCCCCGAUUACUUGCAUUCACCGUUUCCUGACCAGUUGAUCAAGAAUUAUAGUGGUUGCUCAAGAGGAGGGAUUGUGACAAGUCAACGGAAGCAUAGGGAGCAGUUUGCCAGUAGGAGAAACCCGUUAAAAGUUGCAUGCAUGUUGUGUCCACGGAGGUUUUCGACUGCUAGUAACAUGCGUGAACAUAUGAGGACACAUACGGGGGAAAGACCGUUUGUCUGUAAAAUCUGCCACAAAAGUUUCGCUCAGUCCAGCACACAUUCUAAACACGUUCUCACUCAUACAAAGAGUAAGAUGUUCAGCUGUAAUCUAUGUGAUAAAACCUUCACAAGAGCUAAUAACUACAAGAAGCAUUUACAGAAACAUAGUGCCAAAGAGAUUGCUGAACAGCUAGAGUCUAGCCCUGUGGUUUCCUCUAGUGAUGGAACAUCUAAAGGGAUAGGUAUUUGCUCUGAGUUUCUAAGAAAUCUGCUAAAGAAGAAGAAUGAAAUUGAUCAAAGUAGCACUUCGCCCUUGUCUAAUUCUAGUGACUUGUCCCAUAUUGCAGCAAACAGUUUGGAGAAGGAAGCCAAAGUUCGGUUGAAUAAGAAGGAUUUGCGACCGAGAUUUUCAACUGGAGGGGAAAACCAAAUGUACCAAAGUUACUCUUUCUCGAAUAAAGGAGGGAGAAAAACCAUCUUUAACAAAUAUUGUAAGCGUAAACUAUCACCAGGGGUCAAUCAUUCGGCAACUGUGCAAGACCGGCAGCAGGAACUGAUUGUAGGGGAGAACUUAACUGAUGUUGUUGAUCCCAGCAUUCAUGAAAGUAGGUUGACAUCGAUGAAAAGCAGAGUUGAAGAACUGCUGAAGACCAACCGUAAUAGGUCGAGAGAGACUCAAGUGCUGUUGCCAUCUAACACGAGUAAAAGAUAUUCACAACGUAAAAGAGUUUCAAAAUACAUUCAGAAACUAAAGAACUACCGCCCCCAUCGCUGUCUCUACUGUCCUCGAACAUUCUCCACUUCUGGUAAUAUGAAGGAGCACAUGCGUACGCAUACGGGCGAGAAACCUUACGAGUGUGAAAUCUGCCACCGAAAAUUUGCUCAGUCAAGCACUCAUUCUAAACAUGUCCUAACUCACUCUCACAAAGAACAGCUUACCUGUACAUUUUGUUCAAAAUCUUUCACCCACCCUGGACCUCUAAAAUACCACAUGUUUCAAUGUUACAAAAUAAAUUAUAUGAAGAAAACGAAAAACAAACGUAUAUCUUCGUUAAUACGGGGAUCAUCAUCUUCUGAGAACCAGUCAGCAGAUAAGGAAACCAACUCUGUAGUUGCAUCAAAUUCAAGUUCUUCGGAUGAUAACAGCACUGAGCAAUUACUGCCAAGAAAUGCCGAAAAGGAUCCUGGCACUCCCUCUGCAACUUUUGUGGACAGUGAAAAUAUUUCUAAAAUAUCUAAGAGUAUAGAUUUACAAACAUCAAAUGUUUCAAAGGAUCUUAUUAAAAAACUCCCAGAAACAUUUAGAUUGUUAACUAAGCAAUGCAAUGAUUUUUGGAGUGGUUCAGAAAGAAGUUCUCUUGCUGAUCAAGAUGAGAAUUAUUCCAAGAAAGACCUGUGCAUCUCAGACGUAAAAUCUGUAAUUCAAACCUCUUCAGAUAAAGCAGAAGAGUUGUCCAAUUCUUCGGAAUUGGUUUCUAUUUUGAACAACAACUUGCUUGAUAAAGUUAUGAAUGCUGAUCUUGACAAAGAAGAUUCUUCAGUGAAACAACAGGAUUCAACAAGUUCUGCUGACAGCAAAAUAACUUUUACCAGUCAAGAAUCCCUUACAUCAUGGGCAGAAAAUGAAGCCAGUCCGUUCUCUGGAAUGAGUGAAAAAUUAAAUUAUCUAAAUUCUUCCAAAGAGAAUCAAAUAGAAUUAAACAAAUCUGGUUUAUUAGUUGACAGUGUUGUAGAUUCAAGCAAAAGCUUGCAGCCGGUUUCUGUUGUGGAUCUAAAUUCACAGGAAAAUUUACCAAUCAGCAUUGAGAAUAUAAAGAAAGAAAUUUGCGAAGACGAUAAUAGCGUCGAUGCAUUGUGUAAUGAUAAAAGAACACACACAACAACAAGAGCAAACAGGGCAAUUGUGCAGUAUGAGGAUGAUGAAGAUGAUGAUGAUGAUGAUGAUGAUGAUGAUGACGAUGAUGAUAAUAUGAAGCAUAUGUAUCAAGUGAAAGUUGAAAUUCCUUUCGAAUCAAGUAGUUUCCAGCUGUCCAUGACAUCUUCUGAGAACCUUUCGACAGCCGGUGACCAGAAUUGUGAAGCUGUAGAUGACAUAAUGGCCCUUAACAGAAACAAUCAAUUGAUUAGUUACAAGACUGCUCCCUUUAGCUGCUCGUCUAAGAAAACAACCAAGAAGAACUUGCCUAACAUAGAUAAACAAGUCCGGGGUCUUAAAAGCAGUUUCCACCCUUUCAAGUGUGACUACUGCCCGCGCACAUUUUCCACCAGCAGCAACAUGAAAGAACACACCAGAAUUCAUACAGGUGAGAAGCCGUUCAAGUGCGAGUAUUGUUAUCGUACCUUUGCCCAGUCCAGUACACGGGCGAAACACUUAUAUACACACAUCCGGGAUCAGAAAUUUGUCUGCACCUAUUGUUGUAAAACAUUCUCUGAUGCUGCUGACCUAAAGGUUCACGUAAUGACUCACAGCAACGUCGAUGAUUCUACGGGACUUCUCUCUACCAAUUUUUCGGUCAAGACUCCAAGCAGCAUGUCUAAAGACGAGGCGGAUUGUCUUUCGGCUGAUCGUUCAUUACAAGAUACAUCAGACACGGACAUCCAGAAUGAUGAUAGUUACAAAGAAGCAGAGUAUAAUAAAGAUCUUGAAAUCUCAGAUGUUGAUGAUGAUACUGAAACAGAGCCUGGUCGCGUCGAUUGGUACCGUAAGAGUCUGGAGAUUAAAGAUUUAGAUGAUUUGAGCAAACUUCAAUCAAAGAAAAAUUUGGAUAGCUUUCCCAUUGAACUUUGCACUAAAAUCAAAUUAGAAAAUGUUGGAGAAGAUGAACCUGUCGAGGACCAAAUGCAAGAAGAGGAAGCCUCAGUUGGUAUUGAUUCUGAGGUAAAUUUGACCUUUGAAUCCAAUAAGGACUUGCUUAAAGUUUCUGCCAAAUCACUGAAGAGUUUUGGAAAUUCAAAAAGUGGCAAUGAUAAAAGAUACUCUUCUCGUUUUAAAAAGUCAGGACUAUCAUCUGAAUUCCCAGUCAAUGUAGAAUCAGGGUCUCAUUCAAAAUUAAACCAAAAUGUAGAAAAUUUGCCAAAAGUUAACAGCUACGAGGGCUUUAGGUGUGUCUUCUGUAGUCGGACAUUUUCAUCGGCAAGUAAUAUGAGGGAACAUGUCCGUACUCACACAGGCGAGAAACCAUUUGAGUGUAAAUUUUGUCAUCGCAGAUUUGCACAGUCCAGCACCCACUCAAGACACUUAAGAACCCAUCUUCAUAUGAAAAAACACCAAUGCUCUGAGUGUGGAAAAUAUUUUCUACAAUUACAUAACCUCAAAAAACACAUUCAAGUUCACCAUAAAAAGAGUUCAACAGCUUUUAAUGCCAUGCUUCCGAUAUUAUCCAAUAGACUGGUAAGCAACACAGUAGACAAGACUAUACAGUGUCAGGAGGGUUUUAAUUCAACAGACAAGGAUCUGAAAGUCACCACUGAAAUUUUGUUGCCUUCUUGUGAUUUGACAUCUGACUUUAGUAGCAUCGACCAUCAGGCAGAACAGGGCUCUGUUGUAUUGAAUACUACUAUUGAAACCCCUAAUGGCUCCACUAAACCAUUUAAGUGUACUUUCUGUUAUGAAACUUUUUCAAAUGCUGUUGAUUUUAACGAGCACACAUACCUGCAUACGACCGACGCUUCUUUUCAGGACUCUUUGCAUUCUCAACAAAUAUUUCAAUGUUCAGAAUGUGACAGAACUUUCCAUAAUAGCAAAGAACUUGAAAACCAUUCUAAACGGCACACUUCCUUUUCUUCAUCCAUUUUAAUAUGCAAUUCUUGCAAUCAGGAAUUUCCAAACUCUCUUCUAUUUCAACAGCAUAAAAUUCUUUGUUUGGCUCAGUCUGCUACUCUGAAAAUGCUUCAGUUUAGUCCGCAGAAAUCUGAAGAUCCUUCGAUGGAUGAGUCUCCCACCUUCAGCCCAUAUUCUAAUCAGCAAAUUGAGGAAAGGUCUUCAUUGAAUACAUAUCUGAACUAUGCGUUGUCACACAAAACAGUUAAUACAAACCCUGAGACUGAUGACUCAGCAGAAUUUUUCUCACUACUAAAAGAGGCUGAGUCAAAUAAGGCAAGGGAAGAUGUAGAAAUCAUAUCAAUAGCCAAUCCCAGUUCACGUUUCAGUAUACAAAAGCUAAAAUUCACCAAAGACAAUUCUUAUUUGGAAUCAUCAACUACUGACAUGGCGUAUCUGAAAAAACCAUCCAUUCCUGAUCACCUGAAACUUUAUCAGCAGCCAGUACAGUCGAAUGACAUGUUCAAUAAAGGGACUGGAUUGUCAGAUAAAAAUCGGUUAAAGACCCCCAGAAGUAAAUAUACCCAUAAAUGUCAGUUUUGUGCCAAACUCUUCAGCACAGCAAACAAUCUUCGGGAACACGUGCGAACCCACACAGGUGAGAGACCGUUCAGUUGUCGAAUUUGUCAUCAAAGGUUUGCUCAGUCCAGCACACGUUCAAAGCAUGAAAAAAGUGCUCAUCGUGAAACCAAAUUGUCGAAAUUUCAUCCAAACAGGUCUGUAAUCAACUCAGGUAACUCUGUAGCCCACCUGUCGAGAAGCUUGCAACUUAAUGAUCGCCUGAGACUGCGACGAAAUUGCCACAAAUGUGACUUUUGUUUCAAAGAAUUUUCAUCUUACAAGUCUUUGUGUUUCCACAAACAAAUUCAUGUGAAGAAAUUUGCAGUGAGACGAACAACUGUGGAUUUUAAAGACAAAUUAAAUGUUUUUAAGACUGCCAUUGUUGAUACAGAUUUGAACCAGAAACCCAUAAUGCCAAAGAUAAAUGACCCAAACAUUCUUGAAAGGAAACGUUCCUGUGCCAAAUUACCAAAUGAAAUUCCACAAGUAGAAGAGUGUUUAGAUAAAAUACGUGAUAAGAAUCAGAAGCUAUAUUCACCAGGAAACACAAUUUCUGAAAACCAAGAAACAGGGUUGCCCUCUUCAAUUGUUAAUUUACUGAAAUCCAAAGAAAGUUCUUCAGGAAACAACUAUAACGAUGUUAGUAACCUUAAAAUAUCUGAUAUAAAGUCUAAAAGGAAUCUGUAUUUGAAAACUCGAAGACUGCAUCCACGUACUCACAAGUGUAACUACUGUAACAAACUGUUUAGCACUCGAAACAACUUGCAAGAGCACGUGCGUACACACACAGGUGAAAGGCCUUUUAAGUGUUUGAUUUGCCAUCGCAGGUUUGCCCAGUCCAGUACUUGUUCCAAACACAUGAAAACCACCCAUCGAUUUCACUCCAAACUUGCUUACGAACGGUGCAAUAAAACCAGGUUAUUUGAACCGCACACGGAUUUCUCUGCUACCAACCAAUCUGCAAAACUCCCCAUGACUGCCAACGAUAAUAAUACAAAGCCGCUGCCAAGGAAGAACCUUUACAAAUGUGAAUAUUGUUCCAGAAAUUUCUUUUCUUAUCAAUUUCUCUGUCUUCAUAGACUGACUCACACCAAGAAACCAUUCCAGAAACAAAUAUUUCAAAAAAUGCCACCUGAUAAUAUUGUUUUAUCAUCUGAAAAAUCUGAUGAAUUUUAUGAAGAACACAAUGUAAAUUAUAGAGGAGAACCCCCAGACAAAAUAGUUGGUGAUGGAUUAAUGUCUAGUAGUAUGGAUCCUUUAUAUCCUGACAAUAAUCACUUUAGUUACGGUUUGCAAAAAGGAUAUGAUAUAAUUCAAAAUGAAAAAGUUGAUAAUCCAUCAGAAUUAUCAGGGUAUAUGUCUUCUAACUCUGAAUCAGAUUUUAAUCAAGCUCAAACCAAAGAUUUAAUUAUUGAUUCUCAUCAGAAUCAAUUUGAAAACAGCAGGAAUAACUCUGGUGAGGAGAACUUACAGAAAAUACAAGGUCUAAAUUCACGCUUAAAAGAAAAGAAAGAUAAAGUUUUACCGAAGAUUUAUUCUAAAAGGGAUUCUGUAAGAAACCAGGAAAUCGAUAACGAUGAAGGGGACGGUGAUAGCAUUUGUUGUGAUAGUAACUUGAAGUCUGAAGAGAAAUUGGAUGAGGUAGAAGAAUUACUGUUAAGUCGGCAACACAAAAAUGGUAAGAGAGAGGAGGAAAAUUUUAGCAGGAAUGCAACAAGUAGUAACUGCGCCAGUGUAACUGGUAGACAAGAUUUGAAGGGGUCGAAGCAGUGUGGUUAUUGUCAUAAAAUUUUCAAGAAUGUGAGUAAUUUAAAGGAGCAUCACCGAAUUCAUACAGGGGAACGGCCCUUUCAGUGUUAUUUUUGUGCCAAAGUAUUCACCCAUUCCAGUACGUGUUCGAGACACAUGAAACUAAUGCAUUUUCGAAAAAAUGCAUAUGAGAGCUCAGUACCCAGUAGUGAAAUUUCUGUUCCAAUACGUAACAAUAACUACGUACGAAGCAAAAUGAAUCCCAGAACCAAAAUUCUAAGACCAACUCAUCAUGGUUUAACCAAAUCCUUAAAUCACAUGAGAGACGCUGAAAACUGUGUUUGUCCUAAUUGCAACAGAGUCUAUUCCGAUGUAGCUUCGUUUGCUUUACACAAAUUGUCGUGCAAUAUUACUUUCAGUGGAACAAACUUGUCCAAACCUUAUUCCCAGAACUUAACUGAUUCACUCAACCAAAUAUACUUAGACAUGGAUCCAUCUCGUAAUCCUGGUUGCUUGCCUGAAAAGUCUUCCAGAAAUGCCCAUCGCUCAAGUCGUCGUGUUGUUUCUGACUCGAAUAAAUCUAAUGGAAGGUGUGGGGGUACAUUUAAUGCAAACCCUGAAGAUAGUGAAGGGGCAGGAGACCUAUCAAGUCCAAGGGGUCACUUUGAUCAUUUAGAAGAAUUCUCUGACGAAAUUCAGAAACGGUCAUUGCAAUUUGAAGCUGAGUGUAUAAAAAAGGAAUACGUCGAAGAAUUGGUCAGUUUCCAAUUGACCGAAGAAGACUGGGAUCUAAGUCAGCUGGAUUCGUCUUCUGCAGAAGUUAUAAAGAAUACGGAGAGAGUCAAAAAGGACAUUUUCUCUGAGGCAAGUCAUCUGAAGAAGAGGAUCUCUCCAGACAAUGUUGAACAACAAACACUUAGCAUUAUGGAGGCUGGCACCACUGAUGAUUGCAAAGUGAAAACCAAAGUGGAGGCAUCAGAUUCAGGUCCGUAUGAAUAUAUAGAUGCCAGUUCAACCUCAGUGGGCGAUUCUGAAGAAUGCUUGCAAGUUGAAUCAAGGCAGCCGUCAGGACUUAGCUUUGAUGAUGUUAUUGUUUUAUCAGAAGAUGAAAGUUCUGACAAAAGUGAUGACAGGGAGGAUCUGUCUUCAACUGAUAACAUUCUGGUGAACUCCGAAAAUGCUGGUAAAGUUGUCAAAAUGUCUAAGGGUCAUCUAAAGAGAAAUUUCAUGAAGCCUGAAAGUGAUGAGUAUGGUUUGAACUUAGGAUUAGAUGCUCUGGACAGUGAAUCAGUCGGAUCUGAUGAGGUAAGGAUAAUUCCUUCAAAGGAAUUAUUCAGUAAACGUUUGAAGUCUCGAAAACGGUUUCCUGCUUCGAACCGAUCUGAUGAAGCAAUGAAUAGAAAACCUUUAAAAUCCACCAAGAUUCAGGCAUCUUGUGAAUCUUUCAGAGUUUCUUCUUCCCUGCAAUCCAAACAGCAUAUUUGCCCUUUCUGUCAGAAGUCUUACUCAAGUGCCAGUAACAUGAAGGAACAUAUGAGAACUCAUACAGGGGAAAGACCUUUUUCUUGCCAAAUUUGUCUUAAGACAUUUGCUCAGAAAAGCACUUUGUCAAAGCAUAUGAAAACUCACAAGGGCUUUCUUUCCACAGCUUUACAACACAACCCUGACUAUUUAGAUUUCAGUUGUUCUCAGAACAAGGAAUCGCUGAAAACCAUUACAUCCGAUGAGGUUGAUGGCAGUGUAGAUAUAUCUAAUGAUGAAGAAUUAUCUCCAAACUCGCAUUUAUCCUCUAGUUUAUUUACAACACCAUAUUUCAGAACAGUUUCUUUAGACAUUAGUGAUACCUCUAGUAUUAAAGAUAGUAACACUGUUAGGCAGUUGCAGUCCCAUGGUUUAGAAAAUGCAUCACAAUCUGUAGAUCGUCUGCAGUCCAAUGAUGACCUAACUGUGACUGAGGGUGGUGUGGCUUCUGUAAUCGCCAGCGGGAACCAACCUAGUACAAUAGCGAACUCUUCUAAUUUUGCACGCAACAAACAUUCUCCCAGUCCCACCAAACAAACAACACAUUCAUCCACCAAGAAUUCGACGAAAGCCGACUGUUUUACCAAGCCAUUUCAGUGUGAUAUCUGCUGUAAAACAUUCACUACAUCAGGAAAUCUGAAAGAGCACAGACGAAUUCAUACAGGAGAAAGACCAUUCGAGUGUCCAUUUUGUAGCAGAACUUUUGUGCAAGCAAGCACACGAUCACGACACGUUAAAAACCAUUUAAAACAUUCAGACAUUUCUCUGAUUAAUGCAUGAAACGUCAGCAAUAUAUUUUCAAUUGGAAGACAAUUAGUUAAAAAUCAAAUUAAAAAUAUUGGUCAAUUUCUACAAA